AGGUCAGUCAGAUGUGGUCUGUCGCAUCAGGACCAGAGUGUGCGUAUCGGUGUGAGCCCGACAGUGCUGCGGCAGGGAUGGGGCAGGGUGAGCGCUGGGCUUGGUCCACUGGUGGAUGAAUCUCGGUUGCACCCCAAAGCAGAAUCUCCUGUGCUGCAGCGACCAAGACCCGCAAAUGCAGAAUUCAGGCCUCAGAGAGCUUUGUUUUAAAUCAGUGUGAAAUAUUUUAUCUCAAGCCGUUUCAGUCCUAGAUUAUUUAGGUUUUGUAAAAUAUUUUUAUUGCCUGUUUGAAACAGAACAGUUUGGAAGUGUCUCACAGGGGAACUUUUUUAGAUCUUUUUUUUCCCCUCAUAAUUUCUUCCCUCCCUUAAUUUUUCUUUUUCCACUGGCGUGUUUUCAGUCAGAUUUGGUGGAAGGAGCACGCCAGCCUUGCCACCGUGCUGCCCUGCUCACGUAUGUGAGGCCAAACAGAGAAGCACUGCCUGCUCCAGCCCUGUGGUAAGGCAAGACUUCUAUAAGGAUGAGCACUAAUGAGUACUCGGCUUUGGAGCAUGGGGGAGUGUCUUGAUGGAGACAGUUGAUGGAGGUAGGCAAUGAACGUGCUGCAGAUGCACCAUGACUCUGGUUGCUGUUAGGAAUGCAAGCAUUCCUACCUUGAGUGUUCCUGAGUGGGAUGUGGAUGGGUACUUUGAUUUUACUAACCACAUGCCUUAGCCUUCAACUUCAGUCCAAGGCUGUUCAGAUCUUUAGAGAGCUUCAGGUUUGCUUUCUUAGAGGACUGCUGGUCCUCUUGAUGCCAGAGGAAGGUUGUAUGUUUCCUUUCACGCUGCUGCCCUCGUGACCCUCCUAACUGGUGCUGUAGGGCUCUGGUGUGACACAACUGGUGCAGCUGUGAACGAGCCAGGUAUUUGCUUGCAUACUGAGGAGUAAGUAGCUGCAGCCAACUGGAUUAUGACAUAUAUUUGUCUUAGCUCCUCUGCCCAGUAGAUUCUGCUCACUGGGCUUGCUGGCCCUGCAUAGCUGCACAUGGUGGUCUCAUGCUGCUGUCUUGUGGUACUCAUUCAGCCCUGGGUGGCUGUGGCAUGGUGACGUUCAGAGCCGUUCCCAUUGCCAGGUCUCUGGGCCUGUGUCCAUCUGCUGUGGGUUUUAAAUGUUGUUGGUAAUCAUUGGAGUGUGACUCAUCCAGUGUCACCCUUGGUUGUGGGAAUGAUAGCAAGUACACUUUUGCCAGCGUUCAUGGCCAAGGGCUUCUCUUUGCUCAGAUGCUGCUAUUUAUCUUGCUUUGUGAGAGGUUUAUCGUUACUGUGGAGAGGCCAAGAUUAAGCUUGCUCAGGGAUAGAUUGUCCAAGCGAGAGGUGUUUCCUUGCGGAGUGGUGAAUUGACUCCCUGCACUGGUUCAGCUCAGCAGGACCAUGACAGCUGUGAUUCCUUUUCCUGGGAUAAAGCAAGUGAAGGAAAUGGGCAGGAUCUGUGCAACCACAUCCUUGCUUGUGGUAGCACUCGCUGCUUCAGCUACAGCCAUGCCUAUCCUCUCUCUGCCCUGCUCCAGGACAGGGGGUGGCUGCCACAACAGAGUGAUCCAAACUGAAGGCUUUGGAUUUGAUUUCUAACGGCAAUCGCUUUCCCUUCCUCUCCCCACUGGUAGUUUUGUCAUUGCGGCUGACCCCUCCGCUGGCCUGUAAUUCCUCCCCGUUCCAUCCCGCAGCUGUCGCUCCAAGGCGCGGGUGCAAGCAGAGGCAAUGGUGGGGCUGGUCCUGGUGGGCACGUGGACACAAGGGCCAGCUGGGAGCUGAGCACCCCUGGCUAGCCUGGUGCUGAGCUGUCUGUUGGCUUGCUGAAUCUCUGUGUCUGUGUGGGCAAAGGAGAGAAAGGAAGGGAGAGUGGGCUAGUACGAAAGAAGGUUUUACCCAGGUUUGAGUUCCCCAGGGCUGUGUGGCUGCAGCAAGCCAGGCUCGUGUGCAAAGCACAUCUCACCCGCACGCUUCCCUCCUGCAUGAGUUUGCUGCCUCUGCGCCAGGUCCUGGUGGGGGGGUACAGUUGCCACCCAAGCCAGGGCACUGGGAGGCCUGGAACUAUGCUCCUGUGGCCCUUCACUCUGAUCAUUCCCUUCUUCCAUGACGGUGCCCUGAGCUGGCAAACAGCCUGCUGAGUGUGUGGUGGACCAGAGCAAGUAAUAGUGCGUAUCUAAUACCUUAGACCCCCUGCUCUGUGCUUUAAGCCUUUUAUGAUGAGAAGUUCAGUGAAGAUGCAAAAGAGCCGUUAAUUGCUUGUGGUUUGUUGCAUAAAAUUAUGCUUAUUCUAUUUGCAUCACCAUACAGCUCACACAAUGCUAUUGUCUGUGCCUUUUAAAUUUCAAGUUUAAACCAAUUCAAGCUUCCCCCUCUAUCCAAGGACCUCCUGAAACUUUGAAAUCCCAAGACUUCCACCUUCAGUGCAGGUUUUCCUCUAGAGAGCAGGAGGGUGGACUGCAGAUCUCCAGAGGUGGCUUCCAACUGACGCUUCUGUGGUCUUGUGAGCUCAGAGGCUUGCUCUGCAGCAAAGCAAUGUCAGGGGUGCACAACUGUCUUCCUUCAGUGUUCCUGAGUGGGCGUUACCAGCCUUUUCAGAAAGGGUAUAUUUAGGCAGAAACAUGGUGUUGCUGCUGUGGUGGAACUGAAGCUUCUAAGCAUGGGGAGGUCAACAUCAUUACUGCAAUGUCAUGGGUUACUUACAUCUGCUUUUAUUGCUGAAAGGUAGAUUCUUGAACAGAAUUAAAACCAAACCAGGUUGUUACAGCAGCAAUUGGUAUUUUCCCUCUAUUGCUCAUUUAAACAGCUAAUUAUUUAAAGAUUAGCAUAAAAACAAUCAUGGGGUUUUUUUUCUAAUUCAAUAUCUUUGGUCCCUGUGUCUUUCAGUCCAAGUCAGGAAUUUUUUAGUCCCAGGCAUGGUUGAAAGUGGGGUGUUUGUCCUCUCCUCAGAGGUUGGGUUGAAGCAUGGCCUGUCCUGGACUGCAGGGAGCAGUGGCAGGCUUUGUGAUGUGUGGUGGACUUCUUGCCUUAGGUUGCAAAAGGCUCUGAUAGAAGCAGAAGCUGUGGUUUUUGACAUGGCCAGUCCCAGAGCUCACUGCAUUCCUCCAGGAUCAGUGUUCCCUAAGGAAAACUCUUUCUUAUGGUUGCCAGUCAUCACUGUGAUGCUGGAUUGAGAGAAGGCAGGGAACAAAGACUGUGAACGAGCUGGGUGUUUACUAUGCAGUCCGGUUCUUCCCCAAGUUCUGGACUUUCCUGGUUUGUCAGGAGAAAUGAUAUUGUUUUUAAUUAGACUGUGGGAGUUGUGGCUUCUGCAGACUUGGCUUUGUUAUUAGUCCUAUCUGCAGCAAGUACAGAUAGUUCGUAGAAUAGAAUCAUAGAAUGGUUUAGGUUGGAAGGGACCUUUAGAGGCCAUCUAGUCCAACCCCCUGCAGUGAGCAGGGACAUCUUCAACUAGCUCAGGUUGCUCAGAGCCCCGUCCAGCCUGACCUGGGAUGUUUCCAGGGACGGGGCCUCCACAGCCUCCCUGGGCAACCUGUGCCAGUGUUUCACCACCCUCGUAGUAAAAAUUUUUUUCCUUAUAUCCAGUCUAAAUCUACCUUCUUUUAGCUUAAAUCCAUUACCCCUUGUCCUGUCACAACAGGCCUUGCUUAUGAGGUUGCCCCCAUCUUUCCUAUAGUUCCCCUUUAAGUACUGAAAGGCCGCAAUAAGGUCUCCCCGCAGCCUUCUCUUCUCCCUGCUGAACAACCCCAACUCUCCCAGCCUGGCCUCGUAGCAGAGGGGCUCCGGCCCUCAGGUCAUUUUUGUGGCCUCCUCUGGACCCGCUCCAACAGCUCCAUGUCCUUCUUGCACUGAGGAGCCCAGAGCUGGAUGCGGCGCUGCAGGGGGGUCUCACCAGAGCGGAGCAGAGGGGCAGGAUUGCCUCCCUCUACCCGCUGGCCAUGCUGCUGGGGAUGCAGCCCAGGCGACGGUUGGCUUUCUGGGCUGCGAGCGCACAUUGUUGGCUCAUGUUGAUUAAGGCAGAUUCCAGAAAUUCUCAUGUUUUACUGAAGACGAUGAGACUGCUUAUUUGGGAUGUAGAAAUGUUGGUGAUAAGGGACAUCCGGAGGUCUCUAGUUCAGCCCCUAUUUGGAAUAGGACUGUAGCCAGCCCUAGGUCAGGUCAGGCUUUGUCAAAGCCUUGAAAACCUGAAGGGAAGGACAUCCCACACCUCUCUGGAUAUCUUUUCCAGUGCUGCACCACCUUCCUAGUAAAGAGUUUUUAUCCUAAUGUCCAGUUUGAACCCCCUAAGCUGCAACUCAUGGCUGUUGUUACACCAUCCACUGCUUUAGGCUUGCAUCAGAUCUCGCAGAACAAGGUGGCAGUGCUGCUCCUGGCUGGAGGACAAGGAACUCGCCUGGGAGUGAGCUAUCCCAAGGGCAUGUACAACGUGGGGUUGCCCAGUGGCAAGACCUUGUAUCAGAUCCAAGCAGAAAGAAUCCGCAAAGUGGAGCAGCUUGCUGGCCAGAGACACCACUGCAACUGUGCCAUCCCCUGGUACAUCAUGACAAGUGAGUUCACGCUGGGGCCUACAGAGGAGUUCUUUGUAGAACAUGACUACUUCAACCUGCAUAAAUCCAAUGUGGUCAUGUUUGAACAGAGGAUGCUGCCCGCUGUCACCUUUGAUGGGAAGGUCAUCUUGGAGGAGAAGGGGAAGAUUGCUAUGGCUCCAGAUGGCAAUGGUGGCUUAUACCGUGCUUUGGUAGAUAAUAAGAUCUUGAAUGACAUGAAGCAGCGUGGAAUCCAGUAUGUCCAUGUAUACUGUGUGGACAACAUCCUCGUGAAAAUGGCGGAUCCAGUCUUCAUAGGCUUCUGUGUUUCCAAAGGGGCAGAUUGUGGUGCAAAGGUGGUGGAGAAGGCCUACCCCACAGAGCCUGUUGGGGUGGUGUGCUGUGUGGAUGGGGUCUACCAGGUGGUGGAGUACAGUGAGAUCAGCCUGGAGACUGCACAGCAGCAAAGCCCUGAUGGGGGACUGAUGUACAGCAGUGGCAAUAUCUGCAACCAUUUCUUCACAGUUGAGUUCCUGGAGACAGUGGCCCAGAAAUAUGAGCCACAGCUGAGGCAUCACGUAGCCAUAAAGAAGGUACCCUACAUUGAUGAGGAGGGAAAUCUGGUAAAACCGCUAAAACCAAAUGGGAUAAAGCUGGAGAAGUUUGUGUUUGAUGUGUUCCAGUUCUCUAAGAAUUUUGUGGUGUUUGAAGUUUUGAGAGAAGAGGAGUUCUCACCACUAAAAAAUGCUGACACAGCUGACAAAGACACUCCUACCACUGCUCGGCAGGCCCUCCUGGCCCAGCAUUACCGCUGGGCUCUCAAGGCUGGGGCCAGAUUUCUGGACAAAAAUGGUUGCAGGAUACCGGAGAAACUCGGUCUCUCAGGAACUGAAGAUCCUCCGGCUGUGUGUGAGAUUUCUCCAUUAGUGUCUUACUUUGGAGAGGGUCUGGAGGCGUACAUGAAGAACAAAGACUUCUCUUCUCCCUUUGUACUUGAUGAAAACAAAGGGGAAAUGCUAGGAAAUUCUUGAAGAGGAGGGAGGCCUUUCCUCCUCAGAAGAGAUAUCUGUCAGAUCCAUUAUAAGAACUGACAUUACUCCAAUGUCAGUAUGAAGUGCAUUAUAAAAAAAGAUUGCUUUGCAGUAUCAGGUCGAUGCCAAAUCCUUACAGCAGUCAUGUUUACACACAUGUGCAUGCUCAGCAGUUCUGUUUGGUAAAUUUGAAGGCUAUGCCUUUUACCUCAGUCUGUUUUGUAGACUUGAAUGUGAAUGAAGAUUAAUACCUUCUGGCUACCAAACGGAUUUUAUAUUUCUUAUUUGCUGUGCAUACAGAUAUGUAAGAGAGCCAGUCCGGGCCUAAUAAAUCAGCUUUGCAUUCAAGAAGAUUAAAUCUUUUCAGUGCCUUGUUAGGUAUCUUGUUUGUGCUGGUGGGGUUGGGGUUUUUUUGUUUUGUUUUUAAAUUGUGUGCACAGCUGAAGAAUCAGUUUGAUCCAUCUUUUCCCUAAUCCUGUGCUGGUUAGAUGAUCUAAUUCAGCAGUUGCAUACUCUAACCAGAUCAUACAGAGAAGUCUGCUGUAGGUAGGGAUGAUGCUGUGUUUAAGUGUUACUUGAGGUUCGACUCCAAAGCAGAACAGACCAGUUUGCAGAUCGAGGCUCGCUGGUGCCAUCCAAGAAAACAUAAGUAAAUACGCAGCUUAGACUGAUUGCUCUUUACAGCUGUACUGAUCUGUGUUUUUUUUAAUUAAAAAAAAAAAAAAGAAAAAUAUGAUGAGAGUUUUUCACAACAACCCUCUGCUCUUCUUGUCUAUAACAAAUAUUUAUCUUACUUUUCAUUUUUCUGUUUAAUGUAUGCUGUAUCCCUCAAAGGGGACUCUUUUUAAAGUGCCUGAAAGUAAUAAGAGGAACAAAUCCUGAUGGUAGAAUUUAAUCCUUAACCAAACCCAAAAAAGGGCUUAGUUCCAGCAUAACCAGUGUACACAGUAAAACACCAGUCUCUACUUCUACAGUUUCUGGCCAGGUAGUUUUCCAGCACUCUUUCACUUAUGAAAUAAUUCUUUAGAUGCCUUCCUUUUAAAUAUAUUACUAACCAUAAAGUAAAGAUAAGUGCCAGCUAAUUAAGGAUGCUAAUUGCCAAAACAUAUGUAGCAUGUGAACUUGGCCCUGGCUGAGGGAUCCCAGGGUGGCAGUGAUCCACAAAUGAUUGUUCCUGUUCAGCCGUUGGACACUGCCCUGGCAGGCUCCAGCUGGGUGGGCACCUGCGUGCUUCAGAACCUGCACUGAACACACCAAAGUAAUUUCAGCAAUGGUGAGGAUGCUUCAGGUGCACUGCUGGGUGGCCUUUGCUUGAGGAAGACUCUCCACUUUUCCUCUAAAUCAGGUGUUAAGGAAGGUGGUGAGGAAGUUGCCUCAUCUGGAAUGUUAUGUCAUGCAUCUGCUUCUACUGAGGAAUUGCUGAUGCUGUUAUAUUAAGCAUAAAUCUUUUCAAUAACUUAGGUAGCUUUCUGUAAUUCCUGACAUGAACCUGUAUUCAGAAUGUUGGGGAAGUAUAAAAAUGGCUUUGAGAGUACAUACAGUUUGUAAGUAGGCUCAUGUUUUCCAAAGAAAGCAUCUAAAUGUCAAUGGCAGGGUUUUCAGGUGUAAAGUGUGUCUGCAUGCACAUGAGUAAUGCGCCUUUUGCACAUGCAAACUAGCCAAUGGCGGUUCUCCUUAACUCAUUUUGCAUGUGCAGGCAGUAAUUCCCAUUUUUGAUAUAAAUUAAGCGUUUGUCCUUGACACUCAAUUCUGUAACUUUUUUCGUGGUGUUUCUAUGGGUCAUUACAUUCGUGUCGGUCAAGUUUUAUAUCUGCAAAGAAAUUGUGUUGUACCUCUGUGAGUACUGCCUGUUGAUGCAGGUACAUGCUCAUUUUAAAUCACACUGUGCUAUAGAGAAAGGAUAUUUCUUUUGCUCUUUCUGAAGUGCAUUCUCUUUUGAAACUUCAGUUCCCAUGUGCUUUAAUCAUGUGUACACUGAGCUGCUCAGCAGUGGUUUUUAGAGGUUGUUUUCAAGGAGAAACAAUUAGAAUGCUGAAUGCCUUGCUUGUUGUUUUUUUCCUAUGACUCCUCACAUUUUAAACUGGAACGUAGAAAGAAUUUUGAGAGAACUUUUGAAAAACAAAAAUCUGUCCUGUAUGUUGCAAAGUAAUUCCAGUAUGCACUAUGAAAUGAAAAAAGUACCUGAAACAAAGGGAGGUCCUGUAGCACUCCAGAAACUUUUGGACACCUAAGCACCUAAUAAAGAUAUUACUGUGA